CACCUAGCAGAGACCUACUGAUCAAUGUGAAUGUACGGAGUGAGGGAGUGUUUCUGGUCCGUUCUGCAAACAGAUUCCUCUUGGCAUCCCUGAAGAACGGCGCUCGAUUAGGGGGGCUCUCCUGGACUCGCGUGAGAGAAGUGCUGUGGCUCUUCAGCCCUCACUCCGCAACGAUGUCCACAUUUCUAAUCGCCUUUUUCACCAUAUCGGGAUUAUUUUCGUGCGUGAAGACCCUGACAGCCGUGGAUGCAGAACAAGAGCCCAUACUGUGUGAUGUGGGGGAGUUUCACUGCUAUGACGAGGUAACCUGCAUCCCCGAGGGCUGGCUCUGUGAUGGGGAGCCUGACUGUCCAGACGCCUCGGACGAAACCCCGGACAGAUGUGCGUGGGACAUGGUGGUGAGAUGUCCCCUGAAUCACAUACAGUGCAUAGGGACGAGGAAGUGCAUUCACUUCAACAAGCUCUGCAACGGAGCCAUAGACUGUGAGGAUGGCUUUGAUGAAGGAGUUCACUGUAGAGAGCUGCUGUCAGCUUGCCAUGAGCUGCGUUGCCGCUAUGGCUGCGUCAUGACGAGAAACGGAACCUUCUGUUUCUGCGCUGACGGCUUUGAGGUCGGUGAGGACGGGACAAGCUGCAGAGAUCAUGAUGAAUGUGCUGUGUACGGAGCAUGUAGCCAAACCUGCCUGAACACCUACGGGUCAUAUAGAUGCAGCUGUACAGAGGGAUACAUCUUACAGAAUGACAGAACGUCCUGCACAGCCAAACAAGACCCUGGCGACAGUCCUCCAGCUCUGCUGAUUGUAAGGUCAGAUCACAUAGCAACCACAAGACUAAACGGAUCUAAUCUACAGACUUUGAGACUGUUGGAUAAAUAUGGAUCCCUUUCAUUGGAUUACUAUUACCAGGAAGAGGAAGUGUGUUGGCUUCUAUCCUCAGAUUCCACUGGAAGGCUUCACUGUGCUAAGAUGAAGAAUCUGAAUGGAUUUACAAUGGAAAAGGAUAUCAAAACAGUACAAAGUUUACAAAAUGUAGAGCACAUGACCAUCGAUUGGCUCACUGGAAACUUUUACUUUGUGGACCGUGUAAGUGACAGGAUAUUUGUUUGCAACCGUGUUGGGGACACCUGCGUCACCAUUAUAGAUUUAGAUCUGACCAAUCCUAAAGGAAUCGCGGUGGAUCCACUUAUGGGGAUGCUGUUCUUCACUGACUAUGGGAACGUAGCCAAGGUGGAGCGGUGCCACAUGGACGGCACCAACCGAACCAGACUGGUGGAUUACAAGACAGAGCAACCCACAGCCGUGGCACUGGACUUGGUCAAGAAGCUGGUGUACUGGGCAGACUCCUACCUGGAUUACAUUGAAGUAGUGGAUUACAAUGGGAAGAACAGGCAUGCAAUCAUCCAGCGGAGUCAAGUGUCCUACAUCCAUGGAUUAGCUGUCUUUGAGAACUACCUGUAUGCCACUCAUUCUGACCCCUCCAUUGGGAAUACCAUGGACAUCUUCAAGAUCCAUCGGUUUAACACCACAGAACCCAGGACACUAACCAGCCUGGGGAGUUCCAGAGGAGCAAUACGUGUUUACCACAGACUCACUCAGCCAAAAGUUAGGAGUCACGCGUGUGAGACGGACCUGUAUGGAAAGCCAGGUGGAUGCUCCCACAUCUGUCUGCUGAGCGGUAGCUACAAGUCCAGGACCUGUCGAUGUCGGACAGGCUUCAGUAUGGGGAGCGACGGACAAUACUGCAAAAAACCCAAAAACGACCUCUUCCUGUUCUAUGGUAAAGGUCGGCCAGGGGUCAUCCGAGGCCUGGACAUGAAUGUGAAGUCCAGUGAUGAGCACAUGGUCCCAAUCGAGGACCUGGUCAACCCCAGAGCCAUCGACUACCACACAGAGUCAGGACAAAUCUACUUCGCUGACACCACCAGUUUCCUCAUAGGCCGGCAGAAAAUAGAUGGGAACAGCCGGGAAACGGUACUCAAAGAUGACCUGGACAAUGUUGAGGGGAUCUCUGUGGACUGGAUUGGUAAUAACCUCUACUGGACCAAUGAUGGCUACAGGAAGACUAUCAGUGUGGCCAGACUGGAGAGGGCCUCUCAAACCAGGAAGACUCUUCUGGAGGGGGACAUGUCUCACCCCCGAGCCAUUGUAGUGGAUCCCCUCAACAGUUGGAUGUACUGGACGGACUGGGAGGAAGAUGAAGUCAAUGACAGCAUCGGAAGAAUAGAAAAAGCGUGGAUGGAUGGAUCUAACAGACGGAUAUUUGUCACGUCUAACAUGCUGUGGCCCAACGGCCUCACCCUGGACCAUGGGACCAGCACCAUGUACUGGUGUGAUGCCUACUACGAUCACAUAGAGAAGAUUCACCUCAAUGGCACUGGCAGACAGGUUGUGUACAACGGCAAACAGUUGAACCACCCGUUUGGAAUUUCUCACUACCGGAACUCCAUCUUCUGGACGGAGUACAUGAACGCUUCUGUCUUCCAGCUGGAUCUUACCUCUGGGGACGUUACGCUACUGAGAAGCGAGAGGCCUCCUCUAUUUGGCCUGCGUGUGUACGAUGCUCAGAGUCAGCAAGGUGACAAUGCAUGCAGAGUGAAUUAUGGGGGAUGCGGUACCCUCUGCCUCUCUAUCCCAGGGGGCCGAGUGUGUGCCUGUGCUGACAACCAGCUCCUGGAGAAGAACAAUGUCACCUGCUUAGUGUCAUCAGGGGGGGUGGAGCCACAGCUCUGUAAGAGCGAUGAGUUUCAGUGUCGUAACCAUCGCUGUAUCCGUGCGUCAUGGAAGUGUGACGGAGAUGAUGACUGUCUGGAUGGAAGUGACGAGGAUCCCCAUAACUGCUCCAACCACAGUUGUCCCAUAGACCAGUUCAAGUGCCUCAAUAAUCGCUGCAUCCCUAAGAGAUGGCUGUGUGAUGGAACUAAUGACUGUGGGAACAAUGAGGAUGAGUCCAACACCACAUGUUCAGCCCAGGCCUGUCAGCCCAACCAGUUCUCCUGUCGGAACGGACGCUGUAUACCCCAGGCCUGGCGCUGCGACCGAGACGACGACUGCGGGGACAUGUCCGAUGAGACUUCCUCCUGUGCAUUCCCGACCUGUGAGCCCCUCACCCAGUUCAGCUGUUCCAAUGGGAGAUGCAUCAGUGUCAAGUGGCAUUGUGAUUCAGAUGAUGACUGUGGAGAUGGUAGUGACGAGGUUGGUUGUGUCCACUCCUGUUCCAACACCCAGUUCCAGUGCUCCAGUGGGAGGUGUAUCCCAGACCACUGGGCCUGCGAUGGGGACAACGACUGUGGGGACUUCAGCGACGAGAACACUUCUUGUGGAGGAGAUGGAGCUGCAUUGCCUCCUGUGAUUGAGUGCACUAGGGAUGAGUUCCACUGUACGGCAGAUGGGACGUGUAUCCCAGAGCGCUGGAGGUGUGAUGGAGACAAAGACUGUGAGGACGGGACUGACGAGAUGGCCUGUGAGGGCACCAAGAGGAUGUGCGACCCCAAGGCCAAGUUCACCUGCAAAGACACAGGAAAGUGCAUCACCAAGAGCUGGGUGUGUGAUGGAGAUAUCGACUGUGAGGAUCGUUCUGAUGAGGAGUCCUGUGAGGCAGCUGUCUGUAAGCCUCCAAAAUACCCCUGUGCCAAUGACACUUCCACUUGCCUACCACCAGAAAAGAUCUGCAACAGCAAGCCGGACUGUGCAGACCUGUCUGACGAAGGGCCUUUCUGUGAUAAGUGUUUGGUGGCCAGGGGUGGCUGCAGCCAUCAAUGCACAGUGGUACCAGGGACAGGGGUGGUCUGUUCCUGCCCUGCAGGGCUCCAACUGGACUCUAACAACAGGACGUGUGAGGCGGUGGACUACUGCAGUAGGCAUCUGAAGUGCAGCCAGAUGUGUGAGCAGUACAAGACCACCGUCAAGUGCUCCUGCUACCCAGGCUGGAGGCUGGGCCCCGAUGGGGACAGCUGCCACAGCACAGAUCCCUUUGAGGCUUUCAUCAUCUUCUCUAUCCGGCAUGAGAUAAGACGGAUAGACCUUCACAAGCGGGACUACAGCCUGCUGGUGCCAGGGCUCCGGAACACCAUUGCUCUUGACUUCCACUUUAAUCGCAGCCUGCUUUACUGGACAGAUGUGGUAGAGGAUAAGAUCUACAGAGGACGCCUCUCAGGCUCUGGAGGUGUGACAGGGGUUGAGGUGGUUGUGCAGCAUGGGCUGGCCACUCCAGAGGGGUUGGCAGUGGACUGGAUAGCAGGUAACCUGUACUGGAUCGACAGUAACCUGGACCAGAUCGAGGUGGCCAGGCUGAAUGGAGAGAUGAGGACCACACUGAUAGCUGGAGGGAUGGAGCAUCCACGAGCCAUCGCUCUGGACCCAGGACAAGGAAUCCUGUUCUGGACAGACUGGGAUGCUACCUUCCCCCGUAUCGAGGCUGCUUCAAUGAGCGGAGGAGGACGACACAUAGUGUUCAAGGACAUGGAGAUCGGAGCCUGGCCCAACGGACUAACUCUGGAUCAUCUGGAGAAGAGAAUUGUGUGGACGGAUGCUCGCUCUGAUGCCAUCUACUCUGCACUGUACGAUGGCAGUGGGAUCAUAGAGAUCCUGAGGGGACAUGAGUACCUGUCACACCCCUUUGCCGUGUCCCUGUUUGGGGGAAGUGUCUACUGGACAGACUGGAGAACCAACACCCUGGCCAGAGCCAACAAGUGGACGGGUCGUAACGUCACAGUGAUCCAGAAGACCAGCGCUCAGCCCUUUGACCUGCAGAUCUUCCACCCUAGCAGACAGCCACAAGCGUCUAACCCAUGUGAAGAGAAUGAUGGGUGUGGCCCGUGCUCACACAUGUGUCUCAUCAAUUACAACCGCACUGCGUCCUGCACCUGUCCACACCUCAUGAAGCUGUCCCCCAACAAACAAUCUUGCUUCGUGUUGAAAAGAUUCCUCCUGUACGUCAGGCGGUCAGAGAUCCGUGGGGUGGAUAUUGACAACCCUUACAUGAACGUCAUGACAGCACUGACCGUCCCAGACAUCGAUGACGUCACCGUUGUGGAUUACGACGCCCAGGAGGAGAGGUUCUACUGGGCGGAUGUGAAAACACAGACCAUCAAACGGGCCUUCAUCAACGGCACCUGGCUGGAGACUGUCAUCUCUGGAGAUAUACUAAACUGCCGUGGGCUGGCUUUAGAUUGGCUCUCUAGGAACUUAUACUGGCUCAGCUCAGAGAAUGAUGAGUCUCAAAUCAAUGUCGCCCGCCUGGAUGGGUCCCUGAAGACUUCUGUCAUUCAUGGGAUUGAUAAACCAAGGUGCCUUGUCGUGCACCCUGCCAAGGGGAAAAUCUACUGGACAGAUGGCAACACAAUAAACAUAGCCAACAUGGAUGGGAGCAACAGCAAGGUCCUUCACCAGAACCAACGGGAACCAGUCGGUCUCUCUAUAGACUACACAGCCAACAAGCUGUACUGGAUCAGCUCUGGUAAUGGCACUAUCAACAGGUGCAAUGUGGACGGUAGUGGUCUGGAGGUGCUGGAGAGCAUGAAGAGGGAGCUAACCAAAGCCUCGGCCCUGGCUGUUAUGGGUAACAAACUGUGGUGGGCCGAUGAUGAUUCAGCCCAUCUGGGGACGGUGAACAAGAGAGACGGACGGAAUCCUGUGGUUCUGAGGAAUAAGACUAGCGGAGUGGUUCACAUGAAGGUCUACGACAGGGAGGGACAGAGAGGAAGGAACCCGUGUCAGGUGAACAAUGGAGGCUGCUCCCAGCUCUGCUUCCCCACGUCAGAGAACACCCGCAGCUGCUCCUGUACUGUGGGCUACAGCCUUCGCACCGACCGCAUGUCCUGUGAGGGCAUUGAGUCAUUUCUGAUGUACUCCAUCCAUGAGGGGAUCAGAGGGAUCGCCUUGGACCCCAAUGACAACAUGGAGACUCUGAUGCCCAUUACUGGGACCCUGUUCGCUGUGGGGGUGGACUUCCAUGCAGGUAAUGACACAGUGUACUGGACAGACAUGGGCCUGAACACAAUCUCCAGAGCCAAGAGGGAUCAGACCUGGAGGGAGGACAUCAUUACCACGGGCAUCAGCAGGGUAGAGGGCAUCGCAGUGGACUGGAUCGCUGGUAACCUUUACUGGACAGACCAUGGUUUCAACCUCAUAGAGAUUGCCCGUCUUAGUGGUGCUUACCGUUCUGUAGUCAUCUCCGAGGGACUCGACCAACCUAGAGCCAUCGCUGUUCAUCCACAGAAAGGGUAUCUGUUUUGGACAGAAUGGGGCCAGAGCCCCUGCAUAGGUCGAGCCCGUCUAGACGGCUCCGAUCAGGUCACCCUGGUCAACUCUGGCAUCGCCUGGCCCAAUGGGAUCUCCAUAGACUAUGAGGAAAAUAGAUUAUACUGGUGUGACGCCCGCACCGACAAGAUAGAGAGGAUCAACCUUGAGACGGGUGAGAGCAGGGAGAUUGUACUGUCAGCGGCCAACGUAGACCUCUUUUCCGUGGCCGUGUUCGGAGCUUACAUCUACUGGUCUGACAGAGCUCACUCCAACGGUUCCAUCCGGCGAGGCUUCAAAAGUGAAGCCAGUGAGGCAGUCACCAUGAGAAGUGGUCUCGGGGUCAACCUGAAGGAUGUGACAGUCUUCAAUAGAGGCCGGGAGAAAGGUACCAACCCAUGUGCCAGGAGCAACGGGGGCUGUCAGCAGCUCUGCUUUCACCUGGGUAGCGGACGUAGGACUUGUUCCUGUGCCCAUGGCCACCUGGCAGAAGAUGGCUUCGCCUGCGAGCGCUACGAGGGCUACCUGCUCUAUUCUGAGAGAACCCUACUGAAGAGCAUCCACCUCUCAGACGAGAGCGACCUCAACUCGCCCGUCCAGCCCUUCGAGAGGCCCGCAUACUUCAAGAACGUCAUAGCGCUGACCUUUGAUUACCGCCAGAAAACCGGUGGAGGGACCAAUCGCAUCUUCUUCAGCGACAUCCAUUUUGGGAAUAUCCAGAUGAUUAAUGACGACUGGACAGGACGAUCUGUCAUAGCCGAAAAUGUGGGUUCAGUGGAGGGGUUGGCGUACCACCGUGCCUGGGACACUCUGUACUGGACCAGCUCUACCACCUCCAGCAUCACCAGGCACAGCGUGGACCAAAGCCGGCCCGGUUCCUUCAGCAGAGAGGCUGUGGUCACACUCUCUGAAGAUGACCACCCCCAUGUCCUCGCCCUGAAUGAGUGCCAAAACCUGAUGUUCUGGACUAACUGGAAUGAGCAGCGUCCCAGUAUUAUGAGGUCCACCCUGGCAGGAAACAACAUGAAGGUGAUCGUCAGCACAGACAUCCUCACUCCUAACGGACUCACCAUCGACCACAAAGCUGAGAAGAUCUACUUCUCUGAUGGAAGUCUGGGGAAGAUAGAGAGGUGUGAUUACGACGGCUCACACAGAUAUGUCAUUGUGAAGUCAGGACCAGGAACGUUCUUUGGCCUGGCUAUUUAUGGGGAGUUUAUCUUUUGGUCAGACUGGGCUCGCAGGGCCGUGCUGAGAUCCAACAAGUACACAGGUGGAGAAACAAAGGUACUGCGAUCAGACAUCCCCCACCAGCCCAUGGGAAUCAUCGCUGUAGCAAACGACACCAACAGCUGUGAGCUGUCCCCAUGUAGAGUCAAUAACGGUGGCUGUGGUGACCUGUGUCUGUUGACCCCAGAUGGAAGAGUCAACUGUAGUUGUCGGGGAGCACGUGUCUUAUUAGAUGACAACAAAUGCAUUUCAGAGAAUUCCUCCUGCAACAUCCACACAGAGUUUGAAUGCGGAAACGGCGAGUGCAUCAACUAUCAGUUCACGUGUGAUGGAGUAGCUCACUGCAAAGACAAGUCAGAUGAGAAAAUGCAAUAUUGUGACAACAGGAUUUGUAGGAGAGGCUUCAGGGCAUGCUACAACCAGCGCUGUGUGGCCAACAGUCGUUUUUGCGAUGGGGUCGAUGACUGUGGGGAUAACUCAGACGAGGCCUUCUGUAACAAUGUCACGUGCGUGUCAUCUGAAUCAUCCUGCCAAGAUGGGAGCUGUAUCACCGGCUCAGCCUGGUGUAACCAGGUCAUUGACUGUGCUGAUGCCUCAGAUGAAAAGAACUGCAACCACACAGACUGCUCUGACUUCUACAAACUGGGGGUAAAAGAGAGAGUCUUCAUUAGCUGUAACUCCACCUCACUGUGUAUCCACCCCUCCUGGAUCUGUGAUGGAGCCAACGACUGUGGAGAUUACGCAGAUGAGACCAACUGCCAGGUUUCCCAUGGGCAGAAAUGUGAAGAGGGCCACUUCGCCUGCCCAAGCGGUAACUGUAUCUCCAGCGUGUGGCUGUGUGAUGGACAGAAGGACUGUGAGGACGGGGCAGAUGAAUUUCAGUGUGACUCCUCUUGCCUGUGGAACCAGUUUGCCUGCUCUAAGAACAAGUGCAUCGCCAAGCAGUGGCUGUGUGAUGGAGAGAACGACUGUGAGGACAGACUGGAUGAGAGUGUGCAGAUCUGUGGUUUGGUGACUUGUGCUCCAGGGUUAUUCAGCUGCCCUGGGUCCUACGCCUGUGUCCCCAAACACUGGCUCUGUGACGGGGAGAGAGACUGUCCUGAUGGCAGCGACGAACUGGCUGCAGCUGGAUGUGCACCCAACAACACAUGUGAUGACAACUCCUUCCGUUGCCACAACAAAGGCUGCGUCCCCCUGCGUUUUGUCUGUGAUCAUGACGAUGACUGUGGGGAUGGAUCUGACGAGUCACUUGAAUGUGAGUACCGGUCCUGUGGACCUGAGGAGUUUCGCUGUGGGGACGGCCGCUGCCUGCUGAGUGCUCAGUGGGAGUGUGACGGCUACCCGGACUGUCCUGACGGAUCUGACGAGCUGCCCCUGAACCUCAAAUGCCUGGCUGCAGGGAGUCUGUGCAACGGUUCAUUCUUCAUGUGUUCCAAUGGACGCUGCAUCUCUGAAGGGAGUCUGUGUGACAAGAAAGACGACUGUGGAGACAGGUCCGAUGAGAAGAACUGCAACGUGAACGAGUGUCUGAAUCGCAGAGUCAGUGGCUGUACACAGGACUGUCAGGAACUUCCUGUUGGAUACAAGUGCAAGUGUUGGCCUGGAUUCCAGCUGAAGGAUGACGGGAAAACGUGUGUGGACGUUGAUGAAUGUUCCUCCAGCCUGCCCUGCAGCCAGCGUUGCAUCAACACCUAUGGAUCCUUCAAGUGUCUGUGUGUGGAUGGCUACGAAGCCCUGGAGCGCAGCCCCAACACCUGCAAGGCUCUCUCAGUGGAGGAACCUUUUCUCAUACUGGCAGAUCAUCAUGAAAUCAGGAAACUAAGUGUGGAUGGAUCAAACUACACCAUUUUGAAACAGGGCCUGAACAAUAUCAUUCACAUAGACUUUGACUACAGGAAGGAGUUCAUCUACUGGAUCGACUCUUCCAGGCCCAGUGGACGGAGGAUCAACAGAAUGAGACUCAAUGGGAGUGACCUUAAGAUAGUCCAUCGUACGGCCGUCCCCAGUGCGCUGGCCCUGGACUGGAUAGGGAAGAACCUGUACUGGUGUGACAUCGAGAGGAAGAGCCUGGAGGUGUCUAAAGCUAACGGCCUGUACCCCUCUGUCCUGGUCAGCACUGGUAUCAGGAACCCCACUGACCUGGCCCUGGAUCCACAGUCAGGGUAUGUGUUCUGGGUGGACUGCUGUGAGUCCCCUUAUAUUGGUCGUGUGGGCAUGGAUGGCCGUGGGCAGGUCGUUAUCAUCGACAAGGAGAUCUACAGCCCAACUGCCCUCACUAUAGAUUACACCAACAAGAGGCUGUACUGGGCUGACGACAACCACAUUCUGUUUGCCAACAUGGAUGGCUCCCAGAGACACAAAGUGUCCUACGACCACAUCCAAGGUGUGAUGGGUCUGACACUGUUUGAGGACUUUGUCUACUGGACGGAUGGGAAAUCCAAAUCACUCCGAAGGGCACAUAAAACAACUGGGGCCCUUGGGAUAGAGCUGCUUAACUCCUGGCAAGCCAUCAAGUCUGUUAAGAUUUACCAUUCACUACGCCAACCUGAAGUGCCGAAGCACCAAUGUCAGGUGGCCAAUGGAGGAUGCAGCCACUUGUGUCUCCUCUCCCCCAGCGGGGAACACAAGUGUGCUUGUCCAACUAAUUUCUACCUCGCCGCUGACAAUAAAACCUGCCUCUCCAACUGCACUGCAAGUCAGUUCCGCUGCGGGACAGACGAGUGUAUUCCUUUCUGGUGGAAGUGUGACACUGUGGAUGACUGUGGCGAUGGCUCAGACGAGCCUGCUGACUGUCCUGAAUUCAAAUGUCAGCCCGGUCGGUUCCAGUGUGGCACUGGCCUCUGUGCUCUACCUCCCUUCAUCUGUGAUGGGGAGAACGACUGUGGAGACAACUCAGAUGAGGCUAACUGUGAGACGUACAUAUGUCUGUCAGGGCAGUUCAAAUGCACCCGGAAACAGAAGUGUAUCCCUCUAAACCUCCGCUGCAAUGGACAGGACGACUGUGGAGACGGAGAGGAUGAGACAGACUGUCCGGAGAGCACCUGUUCCCCGGAUCAGUUCCAGUGCAAGGCCUCCAUGCACUGCAUUUCCAAGCUGUGGGUGUGUGAUGAGGACCCGGACUGCACAGACGGGUCAGACGAGGCUAAUUGUGAUGAAAAGACCUGCGGACCUCAUGAAUUCCGCUGUGAAAAUAACAACUGCAUCCCGGACCACUGGAGGUGUGACAGCCAGAACGACUGUGGAGACAACUCAGAUGAGCAGAACUGCAAGCCAUUGACCUGUAACCACAAGGACUUUGCCUGUGCUAACGGGGACUGCAUCUCGGCUCGAUUCCGCUGCGAUGGAGACUAUGAUUGCCAUGAUAAUUCAGACGAGAAGGGCUGUGAGGCUCGGUGUGCUGAGGACCAGUUUCAGUGUCUCAAUAACCUCUGCAUCUCCCUCAAGUGGCUCUGUGAUGGCCAAGAGGACUGCAAGACAGGAGAGGACGAGAGGAGCUGCCAGGGAACAGUGCUCCCCUCCUGCUCCUUAAAUGAGUAUGUGUGUGCCAGUGGAGGGUGUGUGUCGGCCAGUCUGAGAUGUGAUGGACAGGACAACUGUCUGGACGGGUCAGAUGAGGCGGGCUGCGUGAAGGAGUGCAAGGAAGACGAGUUCCUGUGUCUGAACCAUGCCCACUGUAUCCCACGGAGAUGGCGCUGUGACGACACUUUUGACUGUGUGGACCAUAGCGACGAGGAGAACUGCAAUCAAGGCAUCUUCUUCUGCCGUCCCGAUGAGUUCAUUUGCAACAACACCUUGUGCAAGCUCCACGCGUGGGUGUGUGAUGGCAAGGACGACUGUGGAGACAACUCAGACGAGGACACAGAGAUGUGUGCCAAACUUCCUUGUCCUCCUACACGGCCACACCGAUGUAGAAAUGACCGUGUGUGUCUGCGCCCUGACCAAGUGUGUAACAAGGUGGAUGACUGUGGGGAUAACUCGGACGAGAAGGAAUGUGAGGUGGUGUCUGGCCGACCCAGGCCGUGUGGGAAAGCAGAGUUCACCUGCAGUACCCAGCGCUGCAUCCCAGCCCAGCUGCAGUGUGACCUCUUCAAUGACUGUGGGGACGGGGGCUCGGACGAGCAGGACUGCAAGGCCUUUUCCCAUGGAGACGUAUGUGGAAAGAAGUCAAACCCAUGUGGGGAGGAUGCAAUUUGCAAUCAGACAAACACAAGUUCAAUAUGUCAUUGUAAAUCUGGCUUUAGGAGAAAUCUAAAGACUGGCCAGUGUGAAGAAAUCAAUGAGUGUCUUGGGUUUGACAUGUGUGCUCACUAUUGUACAAACACUAAAGGAUCCUACAAGUGUACUUGUGACAAGAAUUUUAAGGAAAUCAAUGGAAACUGUAUAGUAAAAGGACCAGAAGAUCGAGUGCUCUACAUAGCUAAUGACACUGAAAUCCGAAGUUUUGUGUAUCCAUUUAACCAGAGCCAUGGACACAAAUUCCUCACUCGCAUCGAGGACAAUGCCCGCAUUAUUGGGAUGGAUGCUCUGUUACACCAACAAAAGUUUAUCUGGGCUACACAGUUUAACCCUGGUGGACUUUUUUACAAAGAAAUCCUAGACAAGAGUCAAAGUAAAACUAAUGUCGGAAACAUAUGUUCAGACUUCCGUAGACCAAGGGAUGUGUCUGCUGACUGGAUUACAGGAAAUAUCUAUUGGACAGACCACUCUCGGAUGCACUGGUUCAGCUAUUACACAGCCCACUGGACUAAGCUCAGAUACUCUAUAAACGUGGGCCAGCUCAGAGGGCCAAAUUGCACCCGUCUGAUAACUGACAUUGCAGGAGAGCCUUACGCCAUUGCUGUCAACCCAGCCCGAGGGAUGAUGUACUGGACAGUAAUAGGUGAUCAUUCUCAUAUUGAGGAGUCGGCUAUGGAUGGGUCCAUGCGUAGGAUCCUCUUGGAGAAGAACCUCAGGAGACCAACAGGUCUGGCCAUCGAUUACUUUAACCAACGUUUGUACUGGGCUGAUCCUGAGCUCUCCGAGAUAGGCAGUGUGAGAUUGGAUGGGUCGGACCCUCUGGUGGCAAUCAGGGACAGACACGGAAUAUCCCAGCCAUACAGGAUUGACAUAUUUGAAGACUACAUCUACGGGACUGGGCUGAAACACGAGGUCUUCAAAGUUCACAAGUAUGGAAAACAGCCUGUGGAGUUUCUCCACUUGGGUCUCGAGAAAACGACCAAUGUCAUGAUCUCCCAUCGAUACAAGCAGCAAGAUGCGGUCAACCCAUGCCUGAGAAUGAACUGUGACUUCAUGUGUCUACUGAACCCAAUGGGUGCCACCUGCACUUGUCCAGAAGGGAAGGUACUGAUCAACGGCUCCUGCAGUGAUGUCAACAUCUCAGGCGAGCUGUGCCGGCCACCGUGUGAGAACGGCGGGCGUUGCCUGGCCAAUGAGAAGGGGGACUGGCGCUGCUACUGCUGGCCUGACUUCUCUGGAGAACGCUGUGAGGUCAACCACUGCACCGACUACUGCUUCAACGGAGGCACCUGCAUGGGCUCACCCCUGGGGAAGCCAACAUGUCGGUGCCCUGUAGGGUUUACAGGUCCGUUCUGUGAGAAGCGGGUGUGUGAUUACUACUGUCUGAAUGGUGGUACCUGUGAUGUCAGCCUAGGGAACCAGCCGGUGUGCCGCUGCAUGGCAGAGUAUACUGGAGACCGCUGUCUGUACCACAUCUGCCACCACUACUGUGUAAACUCCAAGGCCUGUACAUUGUCCAGUAGUGGCCAUGUAGAGUGCGUGUGUCCAGCCAAAUACGAGGGCAACAAGUGUGAGGUGGACAAGUGUCUGAGGUGCCAUGGAGCACCUUGCCUCGUCAACGAUGACACAGGAGAUGUGGUCUGCAACUGUACUAAUGGCAGGAUGGCACCCAGCUGUCAGCUAUGUGACGGCUACUGUUACAACGGAGGUACCUGUCACCUGGACCCUGACACCAAUCUGCCCUUCUGUCAGUGCUCAGCCAAUUGGGCAGGGACACAGUGUGAAAGGCCCGCCCCUAAAAGCAGCAGAUCGGACAACACCAGUGGAAGGAGCAUAGCCAUCAUCGUGCCUCUGGUCCUGCUGGUGAUCUUGAUCACAACAGUGGUGGCGGGCGUUUUCAUCUGCAAACGAAGGCAGAGGGGGAAGCGGGUGACUAGGCAGCCCAUGACGAAUGGAGGGAUAAACGUGGAGAUAGGAAACCCUUCCUACAACAUGUAUGAGGUUGACCACGACAACCAUGCAGAUGCUGGCAGCCUUCUGCGACCAAACUUUACACUGGACCCUCAUAAGGGCUGGUGUGUGAAGUCCAGUGACCCUCGCACCCUGGGCAUACAUACUGUGCCCAAGGAGGUGAUACCUGGACAGCCCAUGAACUACUCCAACCCAGUGUAUGCAAAGAUCUACCUUGACGGACAGAACUGUCGGAAACCGGUCAUCAAUAUAGACGAGAGGAGAGAGCUACUCCCAAAGAAACUAGAGGGAACAAUUCGCGAAACCGCCGCAUAGCCUGACUUUACACUUUCUACUCCUUUUAUAAGACAGUGUACAAAUGUAUAAAAACAAGAGGAAAAUAAGAAUUUUCUAUUUCCUACCAGGCUCCGGUCCUCACGGUUAGGUUUGUUGGUUUUUAGCAUCAGCAUUACCUCCUCAUUUGUGUGCUGAACACUUUUAUUUCAAUUUGUUUAGUUUCCGUUGUUUGCUUUAUGUUUCUCGAACAAUUGUUAUACAGCACUAUAUAGUAUAUACUGUAAGACACUGAAGUAAAGCUGCUGAUUUACAAAAUACCUUAUUAACACCAGAACUCUUCUGUUGUAAAGAAACGUUAAGAUCGAUACAAUACUUAUUUCUGUACCUGUACAUGUCUCUCUCUUGUUAAAGUGGAACCAACAAAUUGUUAUUCUGGUGCAGUAUACAGUACUAACGCAGGUCUCGAUUUUUUUUUUCUGAACAAAUAUCUCAUCUUUUAAAAAGAAUAAUAGUUUGAGGUUGGUCAAGUUAUGAUUGCUAUGGUUUCCACUGUCAUUACUUUUCUCAGAACAAAAACGGUUUAUCUUCACAAUAACAUGUUAUCAUUUCAUGGCUUCAUACCUGAGUAGUGAAGCUUGUUUUCUGUCUUUGUGUUUGUAUCAUUUGAUUCAGCCAUGAUGGAUACACAGGUUCGUUUUAAGAUAGUCCUUUUCCGUUGACCAUCUAAUUCAGUAUUCUACAGUGUUAUAGCAUCAUGUUCAUGUAAUAAUUUCAAACAUAUAUUUGCUCUGCUACAAAUGGAAGAUAUUUUACUGAGGUGUCUGAAAUGUAUACUCCAUCUAAGAAGUUCUGUUUGGAUCACAGAGAUGAUUGAAGCUCAACAUGAAUGUUCUGAGAAUAGUCAGAUAUAGACGUCCAUAUUUUUUUAGGUCUCUUGUUCCAAUAAAGUAUCUGUAUCUACGUUACGGCAUAAGGAUUUAAACACGGAAAAGGAUUUAACACAACUUUACGGCUACAAAGUGACUUUAGAGAAUUAUAAAAGUACUUUCUGUUACUUUCAGAAAAGGAAAGACGAUAGAUAUAACACAUUUUAUAAUUUUGUAUUUUAUUUGUAUGUUUGGCUGCUUGUAUUUUGAAGAAAUGUAUUAAAUGUAAGUACUUUUAUAUAAAUGUAAAUCAAUAUAAAAUAAAGGGGGCUUAUUUCCAUUUCAAAAUAAAUAUUUUGUUUUUUUA